AUGCCUGGCACGCCCGUGAUUUAUGCGGGUUUUCUUAGCAAAUUGGAUGAGGAUGAGCAUGUUGAAUUUAAGAUGCAUAUGAAAAAUGCUUCUUAUGAAUUUCCACAGAAAUACGAAGGAGAUAUAAUGGUUCGCCAAACGCAGCCCUUGAGUCAAACUAUCUGUGCGUUUCUGAACACAGAAGGUGGACGACUUUAUAUUGGUGUUGAUGACAUGGGAACAAUUCGUGGAAUUCUUAUGAACAAUGACAUAAAAGACCACUACUUGGCGUCAUUAAGCGAGUGUCUUUACCAUUUCAUCCCACCGGUUCCCCCUGAACUCAUUCAAGUAGGUUUCAUCAGGGUGCACGAGUUGCACCGUUUCGAUAAGCGACCAGACCCUGAAUGGCCUACUGAGAAACCCACGGACUACGACGGUCCUUUUGUAGCGGAUGUAAAAUAUGUGUGUGACGAGGAACAUUUCCUUGGAUGGCAGAAGUGUCCAUGUCAGAUAGGUGUAAAUGACAACAUGAAUCGAUACUUGAUAGUGGUGAAGGUUUUGCCAGACCCCAAAAAUGUGAUCUAUCGGAACGAUGAGGGUCUUGUAUUUUUUCGGCGACAUGGUUCAAACAAAAUGAUACCGAUAGCGGAUCUGGUCACGUUUCAUAACACUACCUAUUUAGAUGAGUGA